CUCUUAAAUGAGACAAAUAACCCAAUUAACUCCAAUUCUCUCUCUAUUUUCAACUCCCCCCUUUUUCUCUCUCCUUACUCCUACACUCCAUUAAUCAAUCAUCUUCUUCCAUAACUGACUUAACUUGCCGCCAUUGAAAUGCUUCCAUCAAAAGUUGGAUCAAGCAGAAGGUUUAACAUAGCGCCUCCAUUAGCAGCACCUGCAUCAGUUGUAGUUGCCAUUAAAGCUGAACGUGAUGUUUGUAAAGAUCCUUUAGCUUGGGCUCUUACUCAUGUUGUUCGUCCUUCUGAUUGCAUUUCUCUUCUCGCUGUUUUUCCCGAUAGAACUUCUGGAAGGAGAUUAUGGAAUUUUCCUCGUUUUACUGGGAAUUGUGCGGGUUUGGAGGGCGGAAACUUGCCGGAGAAGAUACUUGAGAUUUCUGAAUCUUGUUCUCAAAUGGCUCUCCAAUUCAACAAUCAAAUUCAGGUGAAGGUGAGAGUGAAGGUUGUAUUAGGCCUGCCUGCUGGAGAAGUGGCUGCUGAAGCAAAGAGAAACGGGGCCAGCUGGGUCAUAUUGGACAAAAAAUUGAAGGAUGAACUGAAACCUUGCAUUGAUAAACUCAACUGCAGCUUAGUUGUGAUGAAAGGUUCUCAACCUAAAGUCCUUAGACUUAAUUUAGGAUACUCCGAUGAGCCGCAGACCCCUUACUUUUCCGCUGCCUCUUCUCCAGCCUUAGAUAGUGGUAGACUGCUAAGCUUUAGGAUGAAGCAUUCCACUCCUAUUAGUAGCCCUGAUUAUGCCAGUAGUUCUUUCUCAAGAACCACUGGAGAGGCUUCAUUGUCAACCUUUGACAUGCCACCUUCACCCUACUUGGUUUAUGAGCAAAAUCCUCUAUAUGAGGGACCAAAUAAAGGGAGGUUGACACCUGCUUAUUCUCCACUUAACCCAAUGGUGUCUGAAAGUGAAAGGCUAGUUUCCCCAGUUAGAAGCAGCAGAUUUAACACAUUUUGGAUUUCUGAAAGUAAAGCUCAUAAUGAAAGGGUUUCUCUAGAUUCCGGAUAUAAAAACUCAUAUGACUCUAAUUCUGAAGCUCCUGAGCUUAUGGUUGAUAAGCUGAUUCAGAGAGAAUGUGGAUCAAGAAGUGGAUUGCUCAAGAUUGACAACAAUCACAAAGAAAGUGAGGUCACUCACGCUAGUGUACGAGAUUCUUUUUCUAUGGCUAGAACAUCUUCAGCACCACCUCCUUUAUGUUCAACUUGCCAGAAUAAAACACCAGCAUUUGGGAAACCUCCAAGACGUUUCACUUACGAGGAGUUGGAGGCGGCAACAAAUGGAUUUUCAGAUGAUAAUCUAUUGGCUCAAGGUGGAUUUGGUAUUGUGUACAGAGGCAUUUUGAGGGAUGGCCAGGUUGUUGCUGUGAAACAAUUGAAGUUUAUUGAUUCUCAGGGAGAUGCAGAUUUCUGUAGGGAAGUUCGGGUACUGAGCUGUGCCCAACACAGGAAUGUUGUGUUGCUGAUUGGCUUUUGUGUUGAGGAAAAGAAGAGACUUCUGGUUUAUGAGUAUAUUUGUAACCGAUCCUUGGACUUCCAUUUAUAUGGGACUGAUUCCUCACGUCUUGAUUUACAAUCACGCCUGAAGAUAGCAGUAGGUGCUGCAAGAGGUUUAAGAUAUCUCCAUGAGGAUUGCAGAGUAGGUUGCAUAAUACACAGAGAUUUCCGGCCAAACAAUAUCCUUCUAACUCACGAUUUCGAACCUAUGGUUGGUGAUUUUGGCCUGGCAAGGUUGCACAGUGAGUGGAACAUGGGCGUUGAGCAGCAAGUCAUAGGCGCUUCAGGGUACCUGGCACCAGAGUACUUUGAUGGCGGAAGCAUUACCGAAAAAGUUGAUGUAUAUGGUUUUGGAGUAGUAUUAAUGGAGUUGAUCACAGGGAAAAAUGUUAAGGAACUGCAGAAAGAUAAGGGACUUUCCUCGUUGGCUCAGCUCUUUAAUCCGUUAUCAGGAUUGGAACCGAAUCAAGUUUUGAAAUCAACGCUGUCCUCUAAACUUCAAAGCAUUCCACCUGAGAUACAGGCAAUGGGUCGUGCAGCCUACUUCUGUCUUCGUAGUGAUCCCGAGUCCAGACCCUCCAUGUCAAAGGUGCUCAGAAUAUUGGAAGGCAGUAACACCCAAAUGCCUAUUGGUUUGGAUUUAAACUCAGUUGGUAGCCAAAGUGGGCAUAUGCAAGGAUUAAGUACUCGUAAACACGCUGAACUGAGAAAAUGCCACUCUCGAAAGCUUUCACAAUGACAAGUUUCUAGGUAUAACGUCACGAAUCAGCUAUCGGAUGUAGAUAUAGAUGCAGCAUCGGACCACAUUCUGUGCAUAUUAACCCUACUUUUAAUUAUCAUUGAUAGUUUAAAGCUGAUGCAUAUUUUGGUGUGAAAUGAACCACAGGUUUUCGUACAAUAGUUCUCGUAAUUUUCUGUUACAUAGCGUUCUUUGUAGUUGUGAUGUAUUUCAUUGUUUGAGCAAGCAAGUUGCUAGCCAAGCAUUAUUAUUGUUCCAAAGUGCUUCUUUCACUUUUGUUUUGUUGGUUUGAUCUACAGUUAUAGAAAUUACAUAUCCUUGUAGUUGUAUAGGUGUUUUAAGCAUUGGCAGCUCUUAAACCUGGAAUUUGUAGUCAACAUCCAUAAUAUCCAAAAAAAAAAUUUUUAUAUAUAUAUUUUUAUUAUGGCUUGUAUUA